UCUCACAGCAACACGCGGUCUCACUUCAACAACAGAGUGGUGUGGAGUGGUGGUGUGGUGUGUGGGAUUUUAUUCUCACAUAAACAAAGUCUGGGAAAAGAAACCGAAAACUCUCUUCCCGAAAUCCAGUAAUGGCGAUUGUUGAUUCUAUAUCUUCAGUAUCAAAACCCUUACAUCUAGAGUCAUUACCUAUAAUAGAUUUAAGAUCAUUAUCACAAUCAGAAUUAAACUCGUUAUCUCUUUGUACUUCAAACAAUACUUUUGAUCUUACUCGUUGUGAUGACAUUAUCAUCCCUAAAAUUGAUCGAUCAGUCUUCAAUGAAAGCGCAGGUAGUAAAAAACAAACUUAUUCUCGUCUCAAUUUCGCCCCUCCUGAACAUGAACUUGACCAUCACAGCAACAAUCUAUUACGUAAUAGACGUUUUUCUUCAUCUGCUGGUAGUAUACUCCCUAAAAACCCUAGUUUACAAAACCCUAAUUUUGAAAGCCCUAAUUAUGUUUAUGAUUACGAGAAAUUAGAGAAUAAACAAAUUGUUAAUCAUCUUAGGGGAUUGUUUGGGUUUAGUGUUGAAGGAACUAGAAAUGAAGAUGAAUUAGUUUCAUUUGGUGAUCAGAGUAAAUCUUUUGAUGAAUUGGUUGUAUAUGAAGAAGCAUUGAAUGUGGAGGAGGGAAGAAACGGGUUUGUGUUAGAAGAAGAAUUUGGGUUUGAGGAUGGAGAAAGGAAAAGGAAAAGAGGGAGACCUAAAAAAUAUGAACCAAUCCGGAAUAGAAAUCAAAAUGAGAAAGUUCUGGAUGAAAGUAAAGCGAUUGUUACUUGGACUGGUGGUGAUCAGAGCAUAAUGGAUAGGGAGAUUAUGAAUAAGAAUGGGGAUGUUGUUGAUGUUGCUGCAUUGGGUACUAGUAAUGAUCCAUUUGGUCAAGAAUUGAGAAAUAGAACUGCUGGUUUGGAGACAGAUGAUGAAUUGUUAGGGUAUUUAAGAGCGUUAGAUGGACAGUGGGCUAGUACUAGGAAGAAGAGAAAGAUUGUUGAUGCUUCUGAUUUUGGGGACCAUUUGCCUAAAGGAUGGAAACUUCUGCUGAGCUUGAAGAGGAAAGAAGGACGAGUGUGGGUGUAUUGCCGCCGAUAUAUAAGAGUAGGAAAUAUCACAGCUGAAGAUGGCUUAGUAUCCGAACAAACGAUAUGAAAGGAAAGGAUCCCACAUAUAAAUGGCAUAUAACAUCCUCUAUAAAUCUACCUUAUACGUGCUUAAAACUUCGGUGUAAUAUCUUGUUUGGUAUAUUGGCAUUUAUCUGUAUUGAAAAAUGCUUGUGUAAACUAAGUGGAAUUAGUAAAUCUAUUAGCCACUGU